ACACACAGAACACACACACACACACACACAGAACACACACACACACACACACACACACACACACACACACACGGAUGCCCCCCAGACACAUAGGACUAAGUCUUAUGAUUGGGUAAUAUUGGCCACCUGUGUGAACUUUACCCUUUAACUCCUGAGGUUGUGUGGUGAGGUCACUGCUCUCUCUCAGCAAUGUAAACUCCAGCAGCACAGAUAUAUUGUAUCUUCAAUUACCUUUAACAACCAGUAGAUGGCGUCUGAUUCGUUCCUUUACAACCAGUAGAUGGCGUCUGAUUCGUUCCUUUACAACCAGUAGGUGAAGUCUGAUUCGUUCCUGUACAACCAGUAGAUGGCGUCUGAUUCGUUCCUUUACAACCAGUAGGUGACGUCCGAUUCGUUCCUUUACAACCAGUAGGUGACGUCUGAUUUGUUCCUUUACAACCAGUAGGUGACGUCUGAUUCGUUCCUGUACAACCAGUAGGUGACGUCCGAUUCGUUCCUUUACAACCAGUAGGUGACGUCUGAUUUGUUCCUUUACAACCAGUAGGUGACGUCUGAUUUGUUCCUUUACAACCAGUAGGUGACGUCUGAUUCGUUCCUGUACAACCAGUAGGUGACGUCUGAUUCGUUCCCGUACAACCAGUAGGUGGCGUCUGAUUCGUUCCUGUACAACCAGUAGGUGACGUCUGAUUCGUUCUUGUACGUGUUCAAACUCAAAAACAUAUUGUCAUCUUGUUUACUGAUAUUGUAUCUUGGACAUUUCUCCUGAUCACCAGUUUUGCAUAUCAUCGUGGAUCUAAUCUGGAUACAUUGGUCAGGUCUCUUAGAUUACUUCUUAAAUCUCUCUAAUCUGUUAGGGACUGAUUCCGAUGAAUUAAUUUAUAUUUUUCCUAUGCAUGCACUUCUUAGUAUUUGGCAUUUAUACUUACCUUAUUUAGUCACGAACCUUAUUCAGUCACGUGACUCGUACUGCAGGUGCGGCUACCUUGUGGGGCUCUGAGUACAUUUCAUUAAACCGCUGAAAACUCUCCAGUUUGCUGGCCAACAGAUUUUCUCGCAGAGUUUUCAUUCAACAGGGUUUUCAGUACAUUUAUCUUAAAGCCAUCCCUUUAAAAUACUCUGUACCUUUCAGUUAAAAUGUUGUCGAUAGACUCAUUAGGAUAUAUUGAGAGAUCGGGUAUCUGGAUAUUAGGGAUCAAUGACGGAGUAAUCUAAAUAUAUGCAUAAAUAAAUAAAUAUAAUAUAAAUAAAUAUAUGCAAAUUCUUCUCCGUUUCAGCACCAAUUGGUAGAUUUAAAAAUCCUCUGAUCUUGUAGAUUGUCUAUUUAUUUAGGAAAGUAGUUCUGAAUCAUAAAGGACUUUAAGCACCAAAUAAUGGUUAGAUUCAUUCUGAAAAAUGCCACAUUCAGUUCUUUAACCCGUGGUAAUGUUGACAGAUUAGUGUACACAGAAUUAUAAUAAGGAGAAUAGUGUACAAUAGUAGGCUAUACCCUCGUCUAUUACCUGCACUGACCAUGGGACUGUGUGAUGACAAGUAUUGCGCCAUGCGUCAGGUUCAAACUGUUACGGCUCGGUCUGCGCCCCGCUCCAUAAUUAAUUAUCCUACAUGUCUUUUUUGUAUUACCAACUGUUACUAAUGAUCCUCAGCAACAACCACACGGCCGUGACGGCGUUUACAGAGGAGUCAAAUGAAGGUAAACUAAACAAUGUAAUUAAAUGGAAUGAUAAUGUAGGCUGUACCAACUGAAGGGAACUAACAGUACAUUGGCAGUUGAAUAUGUGUGGCUAUUAGGUCUACUGACAGUCCAUACUGACGACUAAUGUUUAACAUGAUUAGAAAUAGGAAACAGAGAAAGUCGGGGUAGCCUAUAAUUAAGACAGGGUGCCCAUCGCUGCAAGUUAAAAGGCCGUACUAUUUUAACUCUGCAUAACAGCACAGCAUUUCAUCAACGUUACCGUCGGAAAGUUGAUAUGUUUUGUUGGUAUGUUUCAGUUUGCUGCCAAAUAACGCCUUCUUCAUAUUUAAUUCUAGCAAUUAUAUGGUAAACUAGAUCUAAAACAAGUGUUGUUUAUAUUUACAAUCCCCUUAUCCAUUUACCCAGCUCUUAUUAAAAACUCUUAUCAAAUUGUAAAAAUUGUAUGAAGGUGGUGGAAUUAUGAGGGGUAUUUAAGUCAAGGUCAGAAUACAGGGUAUCGGUAGCUUCAUUUAUCGGUACCCUCAUUUAUUCCAUCUCAACCCCAAAAUGAAUAUUAGGUGAAUUAACAUGCGAUUAACAUGCAAUUGACACGCGAUUGACAUGCGUUUAACACGCGAUUCACAUGCGAUUAACGUGCGACUCACAUGCGAUUAACAUACGACUCACAUGCGAUUAACAUGCGACUCACAUUCGAUUAACAUGCGAUUCACAUGCGAUUAACAUGCGAUUCACAUGCGAUUCUCAUUUUUUUUACGUUCGAGAUCAGAAUGUGCAUCGAGAGAAAAGUUAAUAAAAAGGUAAUUCCUUGUCCUUGUCAGCUCGAUCUUGCAACCUUAUCAGUCCAACUCUCUAACCUCUAGGCUACCUGCCGCCCCACUUGCGCAUUAAGAGGGUGGCUUGCACUGAUACAUGCGCAGAUAAAAUACGAUUAAGCUAUUUAAAUGUCCUAAUAAUUUGAAAGAUUGGCCGGAAAAUCAGGUGUUUUAAUCGCCGUAUUCUUACUUUGAUUUUGAUCUUACACCCGAUUUAAGGUCUUUACAUGACAAAAAGCAUAUUCGGCCUACUGCCAUAAUCAGUUUAACUACUAGUGUGCAUGUAAACACGUACUCAGUGUUUCUAAUGUGUUACUGUUAGUUAGUUGCACUGAUCAAACUUUCCUUACAACAAAUAUUUCUACAAAAAAUGCUGUUAAUAAUCUUUGCAUUGAAUGAUACAUGUGUGUUUCUGUAGAUACUGACUCGUUAGAACCUGCUGUGGAGAGACACAGACAUAAAGGACAUUCCGGAAUACUUUACACUCUGUUCUAGAAUAGAAUUUGACAUUUUUAGCCAAUCUCUUAUCCCGCAGUUUUGUCAAUACUUUACUGUAAAAAAAUUACAAUUUUAUUUUUUUAUUUUUUUAGUGUUCGUUGGUAUAUUUAGUCAGGGAUAUGAAAUAAUUUCCUUUAAUGUUUGCAGCACAGGGAGAACUGCUAUAUGCUCAUGUUUAUGAAGUAGUUUUAAAUGUACUUUUUUUUUUAAAUCUUUUUUUGUGGGCAGUUGGCAUGAAGUAUAAAAAAAAACUGCUUUUGUUUUUUCUGUAGUUGCACAUGUUUCCUUCAACAAAAUGUGCGACUGAAUGCGGAUAGAAACAACAAUAUUAUAUUCGUUGGAAAGAAGAAGAAAAACAAAUACAAAUAAUCUAUUUAAGCUGAACUUUACUUAUUUCAAUAUAACUGUAUAACUCAGAACCAGAAGUACCCUGUUGACAGCUGGAUCAUUAGUCCUAUUAAGCUAUUGAAAAGACAACUAGGUAUUGACAUUUUGUGAUUGACAUGUUUGGGAAUAUGAAUGAGGUUGCAUGUGUCCCAAAACUACCGUAUAUAUUGAGUAGCUAGUGGCUACACAAUGUUAACAACAAAACUUGAGAAUUUGAAGUUUGAAAAGAGGAUGAGAGUGACUGUCUGAAUGUGUAUGUGUACCCGAAACGUAAAGGGACUUUUUUCCCACAAGUAUACAAUAUGUUUUCCAAAUAUAUACCAAAAGGGAACAGGACAAUGUUGACAUGUUGACUUUCUCCAAAAGUAUAGUAGUGGGAUGAUUUUGGGCUUUUUUUUACUUGAACUAUGUGAUGUUUAUUAAUAAGGCAAAGGGCAGACAGAAGGGUCAAAGGUCAUAGGUCAGCUACUGAAGAAUGUGUAGUUAUUUGUUAUUAGGGCCACUUGUAAAUUGUACUUCACUUGAGCUGUGGCACAAUUUCCUGAUAUUAUGAAAUCUUGCAGACAUGUAUUAUAAUGCUGGUUCACUUUACAGGCCACUAUUUACCUUGUAUGUUCUUGAGUUUACAUGGUCAAAUUUAGGGUUUCUUUGGUUCCUGUAACACCAAUGUUUUAAAUUAUUUGAAGUAAGUAUCAAGCAGAAAAAGGGGGCUUAAACAGGACUGUAAAGUAAAGCACCAGGACUGUAAAGUAAAACACCAGGACUGUAAAGUAAAACACCAGGACUGUAAAGUAAAGCACCAGGACUGUAAAGUAAAGCACCAGGACUGUAAAGUAAAGCACCAGGACUGUAAAGUAAAGCACCAGGACUGUAAAGUAAAACACCAGGACUGUAAAGUAAAGCACCUGGCCUGUAAAGUAAAGCACCAGGCCUGUAAAGUAAAGCACCAGGACUGUAAAGUACAAGAACAGGACUGUAAAGUAAAACAUCAGGACUGUAAAGUCAAGCACCAGGACUGUAAAGUAAAACACCAGGACUGUAAAUUAAAACAACAGGACUGUAAAUUAAAACAACAGGACUGUAAAGUAAAACACCAGGACUGUAAAUUAAAGCACCAGGACUUUAAAUUAAAACAACAGGACUGUAAAUUAAAACAACAGGACUGUAAAUUAAAACACCAGGACUGUAAAGUAAAACACCAGGACUGUAAAUUAAAACAACAGGACUGUAAGGUAAAACAUCAGGACUGUAAAUUAAAGCACCAGGACUUUAAAUUAAAACAACAGGACUGUAAAUUAAAACACCAGGACUGUAAAGUAAAGAAACAGGACAGUAAAGUAAAACAGUAAUGUGAAGGAAAGCCACAGGACUGUAAAGUAAAUCACCAGAACUGUAAACUAAAGCACCAGGACUGUAAAGGAAAGCCACAGGACUGUAAAGUGAAGAAACAGGACAGUAAAGUAAAACAGAACUGUAAAGGAAAGGAAAGCCACAGGACUGUAAAGUAAAGAAACAGGAUAGUAAAGUAAAACAGAACUGUAAAGGAAAGGAAAGCCACAGGACUGUAAAGUAAAGAAACAGGAUAGUAAAGUAAAACAGUACUGUAAAGGAAAGCCACAGGACUGUAAAGUAAAGCAACAGAACUGUAAAGUAAAGCAACAGGAUUGUAAAGGAAAUCCACAGGACUGUAAAGUAAAGGAACAGGAUUGUAAAGGAAAUCUAGUGGACUGUAAAGUAAAACAACAGGAUUGUAAAGGAAAUCUACUGGACUGUAAAGUAAAGCAACAGGAUUGUAAAGGAAAUCUAGUGGACUGUAAAGUAAAACAACAAGAUUGUAAAGGAAAUCUACUGGACUGUAAAGUAAAACAAUAGGAUUAUAAAGAAAAUCUAGUGGACUGUAAAGUAAAGCAACAGGAUUGUAAAGGAAAUCCACAUGACUGUAAAGUAAAACAACAGGAUUGUAAAGGAAAUCCACAGGACUGUAAAGUAAAACAACAGGAUUGUAAAGGAAAUCUAGUGGACUGUAAAGUAAAGCAACAGGAUUGUAAAGGAAAUCUAGUGGACUGUAAAGUAAAACAACAGGAUUGUAAAGGAAAUCUAGUGGACUGUAAACGUCACGACAGUGGAGCUGGGUGACGUCACGACAGUGGAGCUGGGUGACGUCACGACAGUGGAGCUGGGUGACGACACGACAGUGGAGCUCGGUAGCGUCACAACAGUGGAGCUGGGUAGCGUCACAACAGUGGAGCUGGGUAGCGUCACAACAGUGGAGCUGGGUAGCGUCACAACAGUGGAGCUGGGUGACGACACGACAGUGGAGCUGGGUGACAUCACGACAGUGGAGCUGGGUGACGACACGACAGUGGAGAUGGGUGACGACACGACAGUGGAGCUGGGUGACGACACGACAGUGGAGCUGGGUGACGUCACAACAGUGGAGCUGGGUGACGACACGACAGUGGAGCUGGGUGACGACACGACAGUGGAGCUGGGUGACAUCACGACAGUGGAGCUGGGUGACGACACGACAGUGGAGAUGGGUGACGACAUGACAGUGGAGCUGGGUGACGACACGACAGUGGAGCUGGGUGACGACACGACAGUGGAGCUGGGUGACGUCACGACAGUGGAGCUGGGUGACGACACGACAGUGGAGCUGGGUGACGACACGACAGUGGAGCUGGGUGAAGUCACGACAGUGGAGCUGGGUGACGACACGACAGUGGAGCUGGGUGACGUCACGACAGUGGAGCUGGGUGACGACACGACAGUGGAGCUGGGUGACGACACGACAGUGGAGCUGGGUGACGACACGACAGUGGAGCUGGGUGACGACAUGACAGUGGAGCUGGGUGACGACACGACAGUGGAGCUGGGUGACGACACGACAGUGGAGCUGGGUGACGACACGACAGUGGAGCUGGGUGACGACACGACAGUGGAGCUGGGUGACAUCACGACAGUGGAGCUGGGUGACGACACAACAGUGGAGAUGGGUGACGACACGACAGUGGAGCUGGGUGACGACACGACAGUGGAGCUGGGUGACGACACGACAGUGGAGCUGGGUGACGUCACGACAGUGGAGCUGGGUGACGUCACGACAGUGGAGCUGGGUGACGACACGACAGUGGAGCUGGGUGACGACACGACAGUGGAGCUGGGUGACGACAUGACAGUGGAGCUGGGUGACGACACGACAGUGGAGAUGGGUGACGACACGACAGUGGAGCUGGGUGACGUCACGACAGUGGAGCUGGGUGACGACACGACAGUGGAGCUGGGUGACGACACGACAGUGGAGCUGGGUGAAGUCACGACAGUGGAGCUGGGUGACGACACGACAGUGGAGCUGGGUGACGUCACGACAGUGGAGCUGGGAGACGACACGACAGUGGAGCUGGGCGACGUCAUGACAGUGGAGCUGGGUGACGACACGACAGUGGAGCUGGGUGACGUCACGACAGUGGAGCUGGGUGAAGUCACGACAGUGGAGCUGGGUGACGACACGACAGUGGAGCUGGGUGACGACACGACAGUGGAGCUGGGUGACGACAUGACAGUGGAGCUGGGUGACGACAUGACAGUGGAGCUGGGUGACGACACGACAGUAGAGCUGGGUGACGUCACGACAGUGGAGCUGGGUGACGACACGACAGUGGAGCUGGGUGACGACACGACAGUGGAGCUGGGCGAGUCCUUGUCAGCAGGAUGACCCUAGCACAUCCCCAGAUGGAUUGAUGGAGUAGGGUGAAGUUGCUCUUAGACACAGAUCUUAGGUCAUGUUUGCAUUUUUCCCACUAAUGGUUAAGGUUAGGAUUGAGAGCGGAGAAGCUGAUCCUAGAUCUGUAGCUAGGGGAAACUUUGCCCCGGAGCUUGGAUGGAAGGUUAAGAGUGUUGGUGCCUUAUUAAUGCAAGCAGAAAUUGAUUGUCAGCACAGGGUUUGAUGAGAGUGAUUUAGUGAGAAGAAGUAUGUGUUUGAGUGUGUGAGAGACAGAAGAAAGGCUGAUGAUCAGAAAGGGAUCAAGUGGAUGGAAUAACAUGUAGUUUGCUUGUACUAUCUUGUACUAUCUUGUACUAUCUUGUACUAUCUUGUACUAUCUUGUACUAUCUUGUGUGGCUGGCAUGUAUGUUGAUGCUCCUAAACAGGGAGUUGGAAUUAAUGGGGCAUAUUGACUAUUUGCAGGUAUGGCUUAGUCAGCUUUGAAUAGUCUGUUUAUGUUCUCCUGCGUCUCAUUGGCCACAGCUUUAAGAUACUACACAGUGAAGUGGUGAAUGUAUCCUCACACACUGACGAUGUCUCCUGUCAUCGUUGAAUUACAAACCGUUUUUAUAGAAAUAAUUUCAUUGUUUCGUUUUUUUUUUUUUGCUUGAAAUGUAACCCUGUCCACAAGCUAGCUCUCCUGUAGAAUCUCCUGUAGAAUCUCCUGUGGAAUCUCCUGUAGAAUCUCCUGUAGAAUCUCCUGUGGAAUCUCCUGUAGAAUCUCCUGUAGAAUCUCCUGUGGAAUCUCCUGUAGAAUCUCCUGUAUAAUCUCCUGUAGAAUCUCCUGUGGAAUCUCCUGUAGAAUCUCCUGUAGAAUCUCCUGUAGAAUCUCCUGUAGAAUCUCCUGUGGAAUCUCCUGUAGAAUCUCCUGUAUAAUCUCCUGUAUAAUCUCCUGUAGAAUCUCCUGUAGAAUCUCCUGUGGAAUCUCCUGUAGAAUAUCCUGUGGAAUCUCCUGUAGAAUCUCCUGUAGAAUAUCCUGUGGAAUCUCCUGUAGAAUCUCCUGUGGAUUCUCCAGUAGAAUCUCCUGUAGAAUAUCCUGUGGAAUCUCCUGUAUAAUCUCCUGUAGAAUCGUCUAGAACUUUUCUCAGUGUUUUGAGAGACUUUAUUCAUGCAACUGGGUUAUUAUGUCUGAAACCAACUGCAAAUUAAUUAUCUUUUAAUGAGUAUUAUACUGAAAUUGUAUUUUAUUUUUGUAACGAGGGGAGAAGAGUAAUUUGAGAGGAGUGAGUUGUGGAGUCACGACUGCAAAGUGAUAAUAGGGAAAUGUGUCUUUAUAUUCUCGUUCUAAAUGAGGGCUUGUCCAGUUUACAGUGGCCUUAUUUUCUUAAGGAGACAUUGCUCUACUGUUGUAGCACUGGUACAUGGUUGAACGUUUGAACAAAACAAGUUUUUAAAAAGUAAUGAAAUAAGUAUCUCUCUGCAUAUGUAGUUUUUCUGAAUGUAUUUCUACAUCGUUACACUGCAUUGGGGUGUAGCUUGUUGUUGCUACUGUCUCGUCGAUGUCUUUUCUCCAGGUGGACUGACCUGCAUUGGUUCAGUCCCUGUUAUACUGUGUCUUUACCGUUUGGUUAUGUAUUUAAAACAAUAGGCCCUAUGGUUGACCUUUUCAAUGAGGCAUGAAUAAGACACAUGGUGUCAUGAGAUUGGUUAAUAUGUUCAAUGUUGAAUUGAGAUAAUAUCGGAUCCCCUGAAUUGACAAGUGUAUCAAUGAUGCUGAAUUAACGGAUUUAUUAAUGAGGCUGAGUUAACAGAUUUGAUUAAUUAAGCUGAAUUAACUGAUUUAUUAAUGAGGCUGAGUUAACAGAUUUGAUUAAUUAAGCUGAAUUAACUGAUUUAUUAAUGAGGCUGAGUUAACAGAUUUUAUUAAUUAAGCUGAAUUAACUGAUUUAUUAAUGAGGCUGAGUUAACAGAUUUGAUUAAUUAAGCUGAAUUAACUGAUUUAUUAAUGAGGCUGAGUUAACAGAUUUUAUUAAUUAAGCUGAAUUAACUGAUUUAUUAAUGAGGCUGAGUUAACAGAUUUGAUUAAUUAAGCUGAAUUAACUGAUUUAUUAAUGAGGCUGAGUUAACAGAUUUGAUUAAUUAAGCUGAAUUAACUGAUUUAUUAAUGAAGCUGAGUUAACAGAUUUUAUUAAUUAAGCUGAAUUUGAAUUAACCGAUGUAUUAAUUAAGCUGAAUCAACCAAUUUAUUAAUGAAGCUGAAUUAACGGAUUUAUUAAUGAAGCUGAAUUAACUGAUUUAUUAAUGAAGCUAAAUUAACGGAUUUAUUAAUGAAGCUGAAUGAACGGAUUUAUUAAUGAAACUGAAUUAACGGAUUUAUUAAUGAAGCUGAAUUAACAGAUUUAUUAAUGAAACUGAAUUAACUGAUUUAUUAAUGAAGCUGAAUUAACUGAUUUAUUAAUGAAGCUAAAUUAACUGAUUUAUUAAUGAAGCUGAAUUAACGGAUUUAUUAAUGAAGCUGAAUUAACUGAUUUAUUAAUGAAACUGAAUUAACUGAUUUAUUAAUGAAGCUGAAUUAACUGAUUUAUUAAUGAAGCUAAAUUAACUGAUUUAUUAAUGAAGCUGAAUUAACGGAUUUAUUAAUGAAGCUGAAUUAACAGAUUUAUUAAUGAAACUGAAUUAACUGAUUUAUUAAUGAAGCUGAAUUAACAGAUUUAUUAAUGAAACUGAAUUAACCGAUUUAUUUAUGGAGUUUAUAACUGUAAUUUAAUACACGUUUGUACUUUAGAAAAACCUUAAAAUAUUUUACUGCAUGGUUAUUUUGAAGGAUUUCUUGUAUUUACAAUAUGUUGAUGAUGAUGACGAUAUAAUCAAUUUAGAAAUAUACUCAGCAACGUGUCAUGGGAAAUCUGUAAAUUGCAAGAAAUGUGAACAAUUGUAUCUAAUGUAGCAUGAAUUUAGCCUUCCAUUCUGCUGAUACAGAGUUAUUCUUCUGGCAAUACUAAUGUAUGUUCUUGUGUCAGAGGACUUAUGUUAUGUCAGUUAGGCCGUGACUAGUAGGGCCAGCCUUAAGUCCCCUAGAUACAGUACCUCUGACUGGUUUCCACUACACCAUGUGGACAUGGUACAGUUUGAACGGCAGGGGGAGUUCCCAGGAAUGCUGUGCUCUCCUUUCACAAAUCAGAAAAACCCCAUAAAUGUUGAAAAUGUUAACGUUGUCACCACCAUAAUGUUGAAGAAAUAAACACUGGACUAGUCCACUAUUUGGAGGGUACCGCUAGUCAGUGUGUAAUUCAAACGUUGGACUAGUCCACUAUUUGGAGGGUACCGCUAGUCAGUGUGUAAUUCAAACGUUGGACUAGUCCACUAUUCGGAGGGUACCGCUAGUCCGUGUGUAAUUCAAACGUUGAUAUCAUCUAGUUCAGCAGGAUCAUUUCAAAAUGACAAACAGUUUUCAGAGCUUAGCACCAUUGACUCACAAAGCACUCAAUGCACUGAGAACAACAAAAAUAACAUUUUACGAUGAACCCAAAGUUUUCCUUGACCAACAAACAAACAAACUAAAUAUUCAAGAAAGUGUGCGGUCUUUACAUCUGCUUGUCAACCUUUUAGCAACCUUUAGCAAGGAUAAGAAUAUUGUUUAAUAUCGUUUUUUUACUCCACAGAGCAAAUUUUACUACUGCUGCUGUAAAAUGCUGUUCGUCAACAUUAAGUCACGUUUCUAAUCGCCAUUAGUCACAACACAAGUUCCUGAGCAACUAUUUUGUCUGUCAACUUCUGACAGUCUGUCACAAAACACAAAUGAGAAUCUCCCAAAGCCAUGUUGUAGACCACAGUAGCUUCCCCCUUUAAAGAUGACCUUCAUAUGGUCAUCCCUAGCCAGGGAACACCCCUCCUCUCAAACAUGCAGCAAUGUAACACAGUAACAUUACAGAAAUGUUGGAAAAAUGUCACAGCAACUUUAAUGUUUUUGAUAAUCUAUUGGAUAUUUAGAUUUAACACGUAUUCACACACACAAUGAUUAAUCGUCGAGGCUUUGGCCAAUAGCGUGGACGUAAAGGCUCAUCGAUGGAUCACCUGAUUGGACAAAAUGGAUAUUGGGGUCUAAGGCUGGUGUUGGUAAUAAACAGUUUUUACUCACUGGUCUGGCCCAUCAUUCAAAUAGUGAGUUUGAAAAGAGGAAAGUGUUGUAGAUUUUGAAGCAUAAUGUAAUUUUAUACCUGAUGCUAUGUAAAUGUUUUCUAUGUGCAGUAUUUGAUCAUGUAAAACUGGUAUUUUUGUGGUUUGUACGUUGCAGAAUUGAGUACUUAUUAAGGUGCACGUAGUUUUGUAAAAAAAAAAAAAAAAAGAGUACCAAACUGAUGGAAAACAAGAAAAAAUAUCUACCACAUUUUUGGGGUUCAGAAGCCUGUAUUUGCAUGCCCUUUGACAUCUAAUAAAGUUGGAUUCGAAUCGCUA